UUCUUUCAGAUUUUCUCUCCGUUCUGGAUGGUCAACGAAACCGGCAAGAUGUUGACUUACAAGGGCGACGACCAGUUCAAUACCUUCUAUCAUCCUGGAGAUACGCGUAGUCCAGUUUUGUUCGCUCCGUCGAAGCACGUCGAGAUGACGAAGAAGCAAGGUUUCAAGUUACGUGUCUCGGGUUCGGAGUUUUCCGAUCGGGUGCCUUUGGACAACGUCGGUGAUGUUGGACUCGUGUCUUGUACUUCGAAAGAUCAAAUAUUCCAG